AUGACAAUUAAAGAAAAAGGUAUUAACCGCAAGUCAGGGAUUUACAAACAGCGUCGAAAACCAAAACAUGUUACGCCAGUGGAUGGAAAACAAUUAUCUUGGUCAAGUAAGAAGCAAGACGUGGCAUAUGUUGUGACUCCACCCAUCGCAACAAGACUCAGAAGUGCAAACCAACGUAUAAAACCAGUGGAUACACCUUACAAGUUGGUUACUGUUCAGCCUAAACAAAAAGCACGCAAGUCCGUUGCACCAAGGAGUUUAAAGACAAACGGUAUACAUCUAGAAGACACAGAUGGAGAAAUACCAAGUGCCUUAAGUCAAACUCCAUUAGUUGGUUUCUUAUCGAAUGAAACUGAGAAUGAGGGAACUCCUGACUCGGAGCCUGUAAGGAGUUCUCGUUUUUGUAUCCUUAUGUAA